AUGAAGGAAUCAGCAGAAUCAGACCCAAUAACCAUUUGCCUCACCCUCACCCAUUCACUUCUCCAACAAGAAAUCCCCACCGUCCAUCACUUAAAAAGCAAGUGGUCAAUCGCCCGAGUCAAACUCACCUCACUCCAAACUCACCUCACCGAUUUCUCCACCGAGUACUCCACUUCCUCAACCUCUAACCCUCUCUCCCUCCACCUCCUCCAUUCCAUCUCCCAAACCCUACACGACGCCGUUUCACUCGCUCACCACUGCCAAUCUACCUCCCCCGAUUUACCUCUCGGAAAACUCCAAACGCAAAGCCACCUCGACUCACUCAUCGCCACUCUCCACCGCCACCUCAACGACUGCGAUGUUCUCUUCCGAAGCGGCCUCCUCCUCGAAACUCCCGCCUUUUCCAAACGAGAAGCCGUUCGAUCUCUUUCUAGAAAUCUCAUCGCACGGUUGCAAAUCGGGUCGCCCGAUUCAAGAGCCGCCGCGAUUGACUCGCUUCUUACCUUACUCCACGAAGACGAUAAAAACGUCACUAUAGCGGUUGCGCAGGGUGUUGUUCCGGUGCUUGUUCGUUUACUCGAUUCCUCCUCUGAUAUGAAGGAGAAAACCGUCGCUGCCAUUUCUAGAGUCUCUACGGUGGACAGUGGGAAGAAUAAUCUACUCGCGGAGGGGUUGUUGCUGUUGAAUCACUUGCUUAGGGUUUUGGAUUCUGGAAGUGGUUUAGCUAUAGAGAAAGCUUGUAUCGCGCUUCAGGCGUUGAGUUUUACUAGAGAUAACGCGAGAGCUAUUGGAUCUAGAGGUGGAAUCUCGUCUCUGUUAGGGAUUUGUCAAGGUGGGACACCUGGUUCACAAGCUUCUGCGGCGGCGGUUUUGAGGAAUCUGGCGAAAUUUAACGAAAUUAGAGAGAAUUUUGCAGAGGAGAAUGCGGUUGUUGUUUUGUUAGGAUUGGCUUCGUCUGGAACGAUAUUGGCUCAAGAAAAUGCGAUUGGUUGCGUGGCGAAUUUGAUUUCGGAGGAUGAGGGUAUGAGAGUUUUGGUUUAUAAGGAAGGUGGAGUUGAGUGUUUGAAGAAUUUCUGGGAUUCGGCUCCCAUGAUUCAGAGUCUUGAAGUUGCUGUUGAAAUGUUGAGGUGUUUGGCUAUGACAGGUCCGAUUGGUGAGGUCCUUGUUGCAGAAGGGUUUAUUGGGAGGGUGAUGGGAGUGUUGAAUUGUGAAGUUUUAGCUGUGAGGAUAGCGGCAGCAAAAGCGGUUUAUGCAAUGGGUUUGAAUGGUGGAAACAAAACCAGAAAGGAAAUGGGGGAAUGUGGGUGUGUUCCUUUUUUGAUUAAGAUGUUAGAUGGGAAAGGUGCGGAGGAGAAAGAAUCUGCUGCAAUGGCGUUGUCGGUGUUAUUGCAACACCCUUUCAAUAGAAGGGUUUUUCGGAAGGAUGAGAGGGGAAUAGUUAGUGCAGUUCAUCUAUUGAAUCCUUCUUUGGUUAAUUUAGAUAAGCAGUACCCUGUUUCUGUUCUGGUUUCGCUCUUGCAUUCUAAAACUUGUAGGAAACAAAUGGUGGCUGCUGGUGCUAGUGUAUAUACGCAGAAGCUUGUUGAAUUGGAUGUUCCGGGUUCAAAGAAAUUGUCGGAUGGACUUGGUCGUGGUAAGAUUUGGGGAGUUUUUGCAAGACCCUAA